AUGGCAGCAAUUGCAGCAGCAGCAGCCACCAUUACAAGUGUGAAGCAGCUUUCAGAGUCACCUGAUCUCGAAUCUAUACCGCCUAACUACGCUUACUACACGAAUCCUACGGAUACAAUUGCUUCAGACUCGGCUGACUGUCCGAUUCCCAUACUCGAUCUCUCACUACUCACCUCAGACGAACCCCAACACAGGUCCCGAGCCGUACAGGCCCUGGACAAAGCCUGUCGAGAAUGGGGCUUUUUCAUGGUGGUGAAUCAUGGAAUACCAGAAGCGGUCACGAGAGGUAUUCUCGAGGUGACGAGGGAAUUUUUCGAUCUCCCGGAGGAAGAAAAGCCCGAAUUUCAGCCCAAGAAUGUUUUGGACCCGAUUCGAUACGGGACGAGCUUCAACACUGCCAAAGAGGAGGUAUUUUGCUGGAGGGACUUCUUGAAGGUUUUCGUGCAUCCCCACUUUCAUUGCCCUCGUAAACCCGACUCUCUAAGAGAAUUAUUGCUGGAAUACUGCGAAAGAACUCGAGAUAUAGUGAGGAAACUGGUAAGAGCAAUAUCAGAGAGCCUGAGCCUCCAAGAGAAGGAGAUGGAGCGGGCUUUGGAUUUGGACUCGACUCUACAGAUUUUCAUCGCGAACUUGUACCCGAGAUGCCCGAAUCCAGAAAUGGCCAUGGGCAUGCCGUCUCACUCGGAUCACGGGCUUUUCACGCUCCUUAUAGAGAACCGAGUGAGCGGCCUGCAAAUACAACACCAAGGCAAAUGGAUCAAUGUAAAUGCACUUCCCAACUCCAUUUUGGUCAACACAGGCGAUCAUCUUGAGAUAUUCAGCAACGGUAGGUACAAGAGCGUGGUGCAUAGAGCUGUGGUGAACAAUCAAAAGACGAGGAUUUCCAUAGCCAUGGCCAACGGCCCGUCACCCGAGACAGUGGUGAGCCCGGCUACGAGCGUCCUGCGGUCCGAUGGUUGUGUGCCGGCUUAUGUUCCGAUGAAGUACAAGGAUUACCUGCUGUCACAGCAGAGUAACCAGCUCAAAGGAAAAUCAGUCCUGAAAAAUGUUCAGAUACAAGGCCAGUGA